AUGCCGCCAACUGCGAGUAAGAAGGCGUCUAGGAAACAGAACAAACUCGUCCGUCUCGCCUUGAUCUUCGUCGCAGUAGUUAUCGCGUUUUACAAAUUCGAUCAGGUUCACUCAAACUAUUCGCUCUCUUCGCACCAGUAUAACAACAAUCACGACUACGAAAGAGAUACCCUCGAGGAUGGUGGUAGCAGCAUAGAAACGAGCAGCAGUAGUAGUAGCGAUAAUAAUAAUGCAGCGUCCUUGUCUGCUGGAACAGAGGAUAUAUACGACGAGUUUGGGGAGAAAAAAGCAACCGCGCGAGAGGAAGUAGAGGACGACGACGAGGUCCUUUCUUCUUCUGUCUCUUCUUCUGCUCAGCUUUCGUCGAAAGCAGCUCACGGUGGACGGCGCUCGAAGAAAGGUGGAAGUAGAAAUGGUGGUGGUGGUAGUAGUGGUAGUAGUAGUAGUAGUAGUAGUGGAGUCGUGGAAAACGAUCACGUGUCGCUCUUAUCUCGCCUGAGAGGUAACAAAGCCGGGGCGGCGAGGAAGGACGGCGCGUACUCGGCGGGAACGAACUACGGGUCAGCUUCGCUCGGUGAUUCCGCGCAAAGGAAAGCGGCUUUGGACCGCAUUCACAACACGAAACUCCGCAAUGUCGCAGAAUUUGAUAAAUACGUAGAAAGUUUGGAACAGAAAGGAGUUUUACAAGCGUUCGGGUUCACUGGUUCGGAUGAAACGCACAUGAUGCCUUCAAACGACCACGAUUUUGCCGUGGACGACGGCUCGUGCGCCGGCUAUAACUGGUGCGGACGACACGGUGUUUGCGUGCAAUCGAAAUGUUUGUGCGUGACACUUUGGGAAGGCGAACGAUGCGAGAAACCAAAACACAUGCCAAGUGGCAUGCACGCUAUUUUUAAAGGACAUCACAUAGUUAAUAGAGAGCGAUUGAGAGAAAUAGAUGACAUGGUUUUGCGAUACCAGACAAACCCAAAAGCUUCCGGAGGUACGCACGCGUUCGCUUUACCGGUGAGCAAAGAUUUGGUGCGUUUUGCUCCAGCCAAAGAUCCAUUCCGUGGACGCGUGUAUAAGCGAUGCUCGGUGAUAGGAAACGCGGGGAUGUUGAAAAAGUACAAAUUUGGACCGACGAUAGACUCGACAGAUUUAGUCAUUCGCUUCAAUCUGGCUCCGACGGAAGGGUACAAAAAAAUAGUCGGGACGAAAACGACCCUACGCUUUGUGAACACUAUCCAUGCCGGGUAUCACGAAGAUAACGAAGUCGAUGUCAUGCAAAUGCAAUCUCAAGUAGGCGUUCAACUCUACAUCAAGUUCCGAAAAGAGGCGCCGAAACAACCACUCGUCGCGUUUGAUCCUCAAUUCUCAGAGUUUGUUUCUUCCAACGUCGCAACCUUACCGACAGGAGGGUACUUUGCCAUUUGGUUUGCCUUGUGCAACUGCGUGAAAGUGGACGUGUAUGGUUUUCACUUCAGACCUGGAUAUGGCGUUUCGCAUCACUAUUUUAACGCGGAAAAACCAAGAAAAGGGAAGGUGGCCAUCCACGAUUACGAUUUGGAGUACGCGCAAAUCAAAAAGCUCGCCAAAAAAGGAUUUUUAACGCUAGCUGAACCUUGCGUGAGUGGAUGUCCAGAACACACUGGUAUUAAGCCAGCAAACCUGGCACCCGGUGGAUCGUGCUCGUGCAAAGCAAAUAAUCCUUUGCCGGUGGCGUUGCCCGGAUUUUGCAGGCCUCCGGGAACGUGGAGUUGCUUCUUAAAAUGCAACGGCGGUGAAUCGGAAUGUCCUGGCGGUUUACACGUAUACGUCAAGGAUUCAGCUAAAUUAGAUAAAGUAGGCAUUCCCGUUGAAGCGGUUGACAAUGGCGACGCUGGUGAUUGUCCGGCAUCAAUGAGAGAUGAGGCUUAUAGCGAGUUACGCAAGUGUGCGGUGAUGAGCGACGUGCCCAGUGAAUUUUUAUCGAAGCAUUAUUUAGUUUAG